GGAGACGGACCAGCCUCCUCUCCUCUCUGAAGACAAACUCUCAUUCCCCCUCUCUCCAACUCCUCCGAAACAACUCUCAACCUCCAGGAUUCUCCUUCUCCGUCGUCUCCCCUCUUCCUUUUUUCAGUUGCACCUAUUUUUUUUCUUUCUUACUUUAUCUCUAAGCCCCUCCGCACUGCUCAACACCCCCAGAUAUGUGAGUAGAUAAUGAGGACCCCCUGCCAGCGGUGACUUGUCUCCUCCGUGCUUGAGAGAAGCGAACAUCUUCCACCAUCAAUUUUUUUUUGGACGUUUACCUUCCCUUUCAACAAUGUAGGAGAAGGUGCGCUGUCAUUUUUCAGCGACGACGAUGCCAACUACAUGCCUUGUUUUCUGCUCUCCGCACCUUACAUGUUUGUCUCUACAGUCGGUGGGGGGAUAUGAAAGAUUUCGGUGAAGGCAAAGUUUGAGGGUACCUCUGUCGGUUUCCCGCUCACCUGUCCGCCUGCACGCGCGGACCCCUCUCCCUUUUACCUGAGGGAGGUUAUCGCCAAAAGAACAGUUGUCGAACAACUUAACAGAGACCUGACUUGUGUUGUGGUAUUUUGAGUGGGAUUUGUGAGCGUUUUUUGGAGGAAUUUGAUGUGCGCAACGUUGGAGGAUAUGGCUUAAAUAAUGGUUGCGUUACUGACAGCCGGAGUAAGGUCCGUCACUUGAGUGUUUUCAUCAGCUAUUGUCGACUUUGGAGGAAACCCAUCUAAAUGGGAGGAUACCUGGAGGACUGAGUCGGAUUCGGCAGUCGAGAAAAAUGUGGAUAAAACGGAGUGUUGCGCGCAGUUCGUCUGCUUUGAGGCCAGGCAGCUGUGUGGGGCACCGGGUGUGGAUCCUGCUGGCCAUGACCCACCUCACCCUGGACUUCUCCGUGUGCAGUCCCCUCAGUCAGGGUAUGGGGGUCAAACUCACGCCUAAAUCGGUGCCUCGCUCUCGACCUCGCUGGCAGCCACUCUGGGACACCCCCAACAAGCUUCAUUGGAGAACAGUGAGCCCAUUGGCCCGUCGACUCCUCAACCCUGUCCCUCCACCCCAAGACAACAGGGCAGGGAUUGGGCCAAAAGUCAAAGGACAAAAACAUCGGAAGCCAGCGCAUAAAGGACAAGCGGCGUGUAAGGAGUGCCGGUUGAGAUACUCUCAAAUGGAGACAGGUGAUUCUUUGGCUGUAAUAGCGGGAGCUCCAGUUGCUUUAUCCAGCGGGAGCAGAGGAGACACAGUGAGGUUGUUACUUAGAGCCAGGAGGCAGCUCAAAUGGGACAGCUAUGAUAAGUCUCAGGAGGGCCGGACUACCACAGUGGCCGGAUUUAUCGAUUGGGGACCCACAGGGACAGAUAGCAUAGAUGAUGACGGCAAACCGGAGCUCAACGUAACUCUGUCCACCAAGGUCUCAACUACCACAGUGGCCACAACCACUAGCACUACAACCAGGCUCUCCCAAAGGACGUUCACUGUGGUGACCACACCAGAGCCCAAGAGCACCACCAAGGCCACUGUCAACUUAGGGGAGACUGUCAAACCACCAAAGCCAUAUGGGGACACACCAGGUUUGGCAGUUCACCAGAUAAUCACAAUCACUGUGUCUCUCAUUAUGGUUAUCGCAGCCUUGAUCACAACACUCGUCCUUAAAAACUGCUGUGCGCAGUCGGGAAAUGGCCGCCACAAUAGCCAUCAGCGCAAGAUCCACCAGCAGGAAGAAAGCUGCCAAAACCUGACAGACUUCACCCCAGCCCGGGUGCCCAGCAAGGUGGACAUAUUCACUGCCUACAAUGACAGCCUGCAGUGCUCACAUGAGUGCGUUCGGACUGCCGUGCCCAUCUACACUGAUGAGAUGAUCCAGCAGACGCCUGUCUACAAGACUGCUUACAACGGAAACAGGCCCUCCCCCACUGAAAGACAGCUGAUUCCUGUGGCCUUUGUGUCAGAGAAAUGGUUUGAGAUCUCUUGUUGACGAGCUGAAGGCCUUGUUCACUUCCUGUGGGUGGAAGAGACUUCCUGAAUUCAUGCUCCGGAUCCAACUGGAAACAAGAAAAACACACAAAACAGCUUCUUUUGUAAAAUAGUGUUAUCACUCUUUGGACACUGAUGAAGAUAUUUAUUUUUCUAGAGAUGACAAGCAGAGCAGCCACAACGCUGCCACUCCAUAUUUCCAGGAACGUACAGUCAUUUAGAUAUAGAAUAUAUAUAGGUAUAUUUACAGGAUGUGUGGGACAAAACUGUGGACGUCACAGAUGUCUCAAGGAAAACAUUUGACGUUUGGAAAAAACAAACAAACAAAGGAACCCAAGGAGCUGCUGUGGGUGGAAGAUGAACUGUUUUUCUGAACAAUGUGCCAAUAAUGCCACUAUGUGCCACAACCUGGAUAGAAGGAAGUUUCAACAACAACUGAUGGACUAAAACAAAGAGCGCUAUAUAAUCCCUGUAUCAACUCCAACUACAUUGUUUUACUUUUUGGUUUUUCUUUCUUCUUCUUUUUUUUUUUUAAAGAAAUGUGAAAGAUAAAAAAUGCUACAAAUGUAUUUGAAUAUGUUUUUGAAAUAGUUUUAAGAAAUGUGUUGCAAAAGAGUCUAAAAGAUAUUUAUAUGAAGCACUAGUCUAUUUAGUUUGGGAAGAGAGAGAAGACGGCGGGGGAAAGAUAUGCUUUAGGUGAUUUUCCAAACAUUGUUUCUAUAGGGUCCCAUUUUAAAAACAGAAUAGUUGUGUCUAUUUUUUUACACAGUAGAGUCUGCCACAGCCCUAACAGUGGAAGUCCGAAGCACUUGGGAUUCAGCACUGUUAAUUAAAUACUCCCACCUGAGCUCAGAUUAUAACAAAGAGAACCAUCUGAAUACACCUGGUGCAAGCCAAUCCAACACCCACCCGCUCCAAAGGCUUAUUAUGUAAGAUCUGUACCUGAUUUGGCUUAAUGGAAAAACAAACAAAAGGUUUUCUGCUGCAACGAAAAUCCCACAGCAGCACAUUCAUGAAUUGACUGAGUGAGGGCAGCCUCAACAGACUGCACGGAGCUGGACAGGACAUUCAUACUGCCUCAGGUCUGUCUAGUUCUCUUGCACACUUUAUGUUAGUCUCAGUUUCAGCAGCUGUUUGGGAAAAAAUUGUUCGAAUUGGUUAUGAUUUAAAUGUCCAACGCUAAAAGGGUGGAAUUGAUUCAAUUUGAGCUUCAAAUUCAAAUCAUUCAUGUGAUAAUUUGCAUAAAUAGGAAAGAGAUUGAAAAAUUAAUCCCUCCACGGAUAGCAAACGAUUAUCCCCACGCAACUCCCAGAUUCACUUUUGAUAAAUUAGUUUUGAAACCUAAAAAGUCAGAAAGUCAAAAAGAACCAAUUUUUUGAAUGUGGAACAUAAAAUGAUCCUCCAUUUUUUUUCAACUAGAAAUGAAGAAGCUGUGAACAAAGUGUCCCUCAGGAUCAGAAUGAUCAUGUGUUUGGGAGAAAUCCCCUGCUCGGAAUGUGUAGAAAGGGGUUAGUAAGCUCUCUCCAGAGCCAGACCUACUCAAUACUUGAGGACAAUAUUUCUAGCAUAUCAAAAUUUCAGCUAUCACAGCCAGGAAGUUUGAGGGCUUGUGCACAAAUAGAUUGUUUUUUAAUUUGUGCCAAAGGAAGCAGAGCGAAAAUACAGAUAUGGACUUAUGAGAAAGAAGAGUUUAAUUUAGUUCUUUCAAAGACCCACAACACUCCGUCAGUGUAUUGUUGAAGUAAAGGGGAUUAUGACAAGCCAAUCAGCCGCUGCCAAAUUGCUUUAAACUAUCUCUUAUGUCAAGGUGAGGGAACUCCAUGGUCAGGAAGGAAAGCAAAGCUCUCCCGAGAGCUUUCUAGCCCCAAUAAUUUUAUUAUCAAGCUCUGAAAGACAGAUUACCUUUGUGCUACAAAGCUUUUGAGGAAGCCACCUGUGAAUCUACCUUUUAUUGUGCUGUGGGUUUGUACAAAGCACAAUUCUAUAAUUGUAAACGUUUUUUUUUUGGCUGCAGACAGCAAUAUGUACAGAUUUAAAAACGGUGGGUUUUAUUGCGUGUCAACAGUGGAUCUCCAGUAAUUCGCUUUUUCGGGCUUGUGCUCAACUUCCUUAAUGGAUUCAAGCAAACAGGUUGUCCCAGAAGAGAUCAGUUUCUGUAAGUGUGAGCCAUUCAGGAGGUGCCGAGACGGCCUGGGAUAAACACUGUGGUGCAAAAACUCCUGCUUUUGCCCAUUCACAACCACUCUCAUGAAUGACCCAUACCAAUUCAGCCUCACGUGUGUGUGUCAGGCUGCGGAGUUGCUUCUUUGACAUAACAUAUAUUUUUUUGAAUGAAGAGUGUUAUCUUAAUAGAGGGUUAAGAAAAACUUACUGUAUAUUAUACACGUGUAAAUGUAUUUUCUAUAUAUUUGCUUCUAUUUGUGUACAGGUGUGUUCUAUUUUUCAGGACCUCUCCCGUUUUUGGGAAGGUUUCAGCUAGGUCGGGGAUAGUGUCUUUGUUUACAUGUGUAACUACAGUAUUUCUUUUAAAACACAAAACUAACCUUGUGCCAAGCUUCCUACCUGCACUUUCAAGCAGUACUUGUAUUAUAUCUUUAGCUAACCAGUAUAAUACUUCAGUAGACGCUGCAAUAGUUCAGAAAUUUGGGAGGGGAUUUCCAGGUGGAGUGUCUCAAAGUACCGAAGACGUGUUGUGAUCAUAUCUUGGGUUCUGCUGUGUUCAUGUUUGGCUGGGAAACCAAUGAUUUUCUGUUCGCUUCAUCACAUUAAUUAAAAAAAAAAAAAAAAAAUACAGUAUAAAUCCAACAGUAGCUGCCAAGAAACCAACUAAACUUGAUCUAGACUGGUUUGCAUUCAUUUGUCACGAAAAUUUGCCACAUACUAAUUAGCAUUUAUGAGCAUCUGAAAAAAUCAGGGAAAGACAUUUAAAUAAAGGAGGGUGAAAGGAAAGAAAUGCCAAGAUCAGAGCUACGCACAAUGAUGUGGGAAGCUGUUUUCAUUCAUCAAAUUUUCCAAAGGAUAAUUCUGGUUUAUUUUAACAUAUGAGCUAGCUGUUGGUCCGUCAUACUGAAAAUUAUCUAUUUGAUGUGUUGUCAUGAAGAAGAGAUAUCCAAUGACUUUGGUGAUCUGUUGACGAGCAUGCUAACACACUAAAUGAGGAUUGUGUAUAUGGUGAAGAUUAUAGAGCAUUAUAAGGGCCACUAUGCUCAUGGGGGGACUGGUCAUUAUUCAAAUGACCCAAUAGUUCAAAAAACCUGCACUGGAGUCUUGUGACUACUGAAGAAGAAUUGUUUUUGAUGGUGUGACCAUGCUUGGUUACAAUGUGGUUCGGCUAAGGAACAAAAGGAACUUGGUUGGGGUGAACGACGGAUCCCUUCUUUCAACUGUUAGGUCCGUCAGACCAGUGAAACUUUAGAAUAUGCCGUGUUAGCCAAAGUGACAGCCAGAUCAGUUUUGACCAUAGUGUAUAGACAAAGUAGGUUGCAGAGAUCUGUAAACAUGGCGACAUCGCUAACAUGAAGUUCAACGGGGUCAAACACAAGCGCAAAACUGUGUACAUACACAACUACGGCAAGCACGGCUAGUCAAAGUUAAUCUUUGAAGCAGAGGUGGGACCGAGUUAUUGUCUCAUGAGUCUCAAAACAUUGCCCUCAAGUUCCAAGUCAGGUCCUAAACUUUGGAUUUUGAGUCUGCUUUUCACCAAGUUUAAAACCAUUUUGACAACAUAGUAUAUCAUGAUUUGUAAUGUAUGUUCUUUAUGGUUCUCUCCUGCACUACCUGACUGGAUGCUGUCAAAUUGGUUCAAAAAAAGAGGAUUUCAAUGUGCUGGGAGUGAACAGUGUUAAGAUUUAGGAUUUAGUAGAUUUAUGAAAUGAACGGAAAUUAGUUACUUUGCGGCACACUUCUUGAAAAAUGAGUCAUUGGUGUUAAGGUCCAAGUUGAGUUGCAAGUUUUUUGGGGGUAUUUUGUUCAGUCGAGUCAAAAGUCAUCAAAUUUAUGACACUCAAGACUUAAGUCGUUGAGUCCAAGUCAUGUGACUUGAGUCCACACCUCUGCAUUAAAGUCCGUAAACUGUGGUGGAUAUUUAAAACAUUUUACAGACUUUUGUUUACAAUCUGACCUGCUUGUGCCUUGUUGGACUUUAUCGAAGCAAUGUCACUGUGUUCCAUUCUUUGUGGCAUUUGUGUUUCCGGUGUCCACAAUGUUAUGUUUACUGACAGCAAUGAUAGCCAAAAUGUGGUAAGAAAAUCCAAGUUUGACUAAACCUGAAUUAUCCUUUCAGCUUACACACUGGAGAUUUGUGAGAGCUGCUGCUGAAGCAUCAUGAACUAGUUCCCUAUUACAUCCACAACUAUAACACAACCAUUUGUCUCAAAAGGUACUGUACUGGUUCUGGACCUGAUAAUUGGUCAAUGUGACCCGACAGAAAAUGGUUGAAAUUUUACCCCAUGCUAAUAAUGAUUGUGUGGGUCUGAUUUCUCAUUCAUUGAAACCUACAAAAUGAGAUGAUUGGACUAUUGACAUUUAGAAUUUAUUUCGGUUUCAUACGGUGGGGAAAAGGGUUUCUAGAGAUGGCUUCAGUUCGGAAAGCUUGUUUGCAUUGGUAGCAUCUCUCAUUAAAACCACAGGGAGCUGCCUGCUGACCUUUUUAGACGAGGACAAAUAUAACUCGCAGCUAUGAUCGGCUAUAUAUUUGAAAGAGGAUAUGUGGUGACAUGGGCAUACAUCACCCUUCCUCCUCUUUACCUCUGUCUGAAAUCAAACUGAUAUGUAAGGAAAUGCCUUACUGCUUUCUUGCCUUUUCAGUUUAUAUUUCAGGAUAGCUGAUGAGCGCUGUGUAUUAUAGCUAAGAGGGAGGAAAAUGACUCCACUCCGCUGGUCAGAUUUGAUUCAGGAAACAUUAUCUGAGAGCAAUGCAGGCGAAGGAAAGGGGGGAUAGGAAGAAAGGGAGGGAGGGAGGUGGGGGCUUGUAGAAAAAGUCUUAAACAGACACCAAAGACUUGACAUGCCUUUUUCACAACGUAUGAAUAUUUUGAGGCUCCCGUUUCUGUCUCUCCAGCAGCCCAUGAAACCUCUGCUCCCUUCAGCACAAACAAGCUAUCAAUCAACAAGGGUUUCCCUGUCAACAUGAAGGAUGUGGCGCACACUCGUUUGCAGGGACUGUGACUCCUGUUUGCAUGUCAGACAUACAGAGUGGAACUUAUUGACAUGUGUGAAUUAGACGUUGGUUGAACAUCUCCAAGGCUGAGGUUUGUUUGCUUUUUUUCAAUAUCAUCGGAAGCUUUCACGAGAGGAGAGGAAUCAAUGUAUCGACUCUUUUUAAUCACGGCCUUCGGGUGAGCGCAGAAAGAUGUUUCACAGCCUCCGCCGAUGCUGACGUGGCAGUGAUUUUCAUUUAAAAUAAUGAUCGAUAGCUGGUUGCUCGGUGAGACUUGGCGGAAAGACGAAAAUAUUCUAUCUGAAAACUUAGAGAAAGUUUAUCUUUAUAAACCGAUAUGUAUCUUACUGAAUCCAUUUUUUUUUAUCUGUCAGAAAACUGUAGCUCCUCACUCCGCUUCUCCUCAUCAUACCAGAAAAAAAAAUCACGUACUGUGCGCUUACUGUAAAGCAGAGAGGGCUCCGACUCUCCUCUCGGGUCAUGUUUUUACUUUUCUAUUCACAAGAGCUAAGGCACUGUCACUGUCAGUGCGCAUCAAUACAGUCAAAGACUUGAACAAAAAAAAGGAAAAGCAACACUUUGUUUGCAACAUCUCAAUUCUCCCAUAAUCCCCCUGCUAGAUAGAGACUAGCUGCGUGACCCAAAUCUGCCGCUGCGGCAUCCGAUUAGCAUAGAGGGCCUCCGAACGGUUUCAGAACAAAGUGUAGGCCUGGAUUGAGUGACACGGAGAGAGAAAAAUCUAAAAUCAGAAUGGACGCAAGUGUCCAAAAAAAACAAAUCAUCCAAACAGUUUCAUUUUCUAGGGGUGAGGAAGUUGUAUAGGACUUUAUUUCCCUUUUUUUUGGGGUGUGGGAGGGUGUUUUCACAUGUGGGCACACAGUGGUCUGUUCAUCGAAGCUGACUUACAAUCACAAUCCAUAUCUACCAUGAAGGAAUCGAGUUGUGUUGUCGCCAUAAAAAUGAAGAGUUUGUACUUUGUGACUCUUAAAAACUUUUUAUAUUUGUGUUUAAUAUAUCAAUGAGUACCUCUGUUAACUUUUGUAUAAGACCUAUGACUAUAGUAUAUACAGACACACAUACACACACAACACACCUCCACAAAAGGGACUCCAGUCUGUCUCUGUGACGGCUAAAUGUUGUAUAACUUUUAUUUUGUGUCUUAUGAACCACAUCUCUUCCUUUUGUAGUUAUUGGUAAACGUUUCGAUUUCCAGGUGACUUUGAUUUGGUUACUCUUGUACUACUAAGCUCUGUAUUUGCAAGCACUGUAAAUGCGAUUCUCAUUGGAUUCGUCCUCUGUACAUUUAGUACUCUGAUGUUGCUAUUAAUAAAAUGUAAAACAACA